AUAAUGGCCCCUUUGAUAUAUUACUCGCUCAUUUCUCUGGUUUUCAUUCUCACCUUGAAGCAUUUGGUACAAAGAAAAAGAUUAAAAAACCUUCCACCAUGUCCACCAACUCUUCCCAUAAUUGGAAACCUUCACCAUCUAAAGGCCCCACUCCACCGUUCUCUUCACAGCUUAUCACAAAAGUAUGGGUCCAUCUUCUCCCUUUGGUUCGGUUCACGUUUUGUUGUGGUUAUCUCUUCCCCAACCUUGGCCCAAGAAUGCUUCACCAAACACGACAUCGUGCUUGCAAACAGGCCACGAUUCCUCACGGGAAAGUACCUUUUCUACAACUACACCAGCAUGGGUUCCUCCUCCUACGGUGACCACUGGCGUAACCUCCGCCGCAUCAUCACCAUAGAUGUCCUCUCCACACAACGUCUCAACACCUUCUUCGAAAUCCGAAGGGAAGAAACCAUAAGGGUCUUACAAAAGCUAUCUCGAGACUCAAGUAAGGGCUUCACCCAAGUGCAGCUCAGACCCAGGUUGACUGAGAUGACUUUCAACAAUAUGAUGAGAAUGAUCUCUGGGAAGAGGUACUAUGGCGACGACAUUGACGUGACAGAUGCAGAGGAAGCGAAGCAGUUCAGAGAUAUAAUAUCGGAGGUUAUGUCGUUGUUGGGUGCAAACAACAAAGGGGAUUUCUUGCCUCUGCUUCGGUGGUUCGAUUUCGAUGGUUUGGAGAAGAGAUUGAAGGCGAUUAGUACGAGGGCUGAUGCGUUUUUGCAAGGACUUGUUGAAGAGCAUCGCAGUGGAAAGCACAAAACCAAUACCAUGAUCGAACAUCUCUUGACUAUGCAGAAGUCUCAGCCUGAGUACUACUCCGAUCAUAUUAUCAAAGGCCUUAUUCAGGGAAUGCUCCUCGCUGGAACUGAUACAACAGCUGUGACAGUAGAGUGGGCAAUAUCCGCUUUAUUAAAUCAUCCAGAAAUAUUGAAGAAAGCAAAGGAUGAAAUAGACACUAAGGUAGGACAAGAUCGCUUGGUAGAUGAAUCAGACAUUCCAAAUCUUCCUUACCUUCAAAAUAUUGUGUACGAGACACUUCGACUGUAUUCUCCAGCUCCAUUACUAUUGCCUCAUUAUACUUCAGAUGAUUUGGAUAUUGGGGGAUUCACUAUUCCACGUGACACCAUAGUGUUGAUUAAUGCAUGGGCCAUUCAAAGAGAUCCAAAAACUUGGAGUGAUGCUGAAUGUUUUAAGCCCGAGAGAUUUGAAAAAGAAGGUGAAGCAAACAAGUUAAUUCCAUUCGGAUUGGGAAGAAGAGCUUGUCCGGGAUUAGGUUUGGCAUAUCGUGUUAUGGGCUUGACUUUGGGUUUAUUGAUUCAGUGCUUUGAUUGGAAACGUCUAAAUGAUGAUGAAAUUGACAUGAGGGAGAACAAAGGUGUCGCAAUGCCAAAGUUAAUUCCAUUAGAGGCUUUGUGUAGAGCGCUGCCACCCAGCAAUAAAUUAUGCAGUAACUAG